AUGCAGAAAUCGUGUUGGCUUCGCCGCUUCGGAGCUUCGCACGCCGUCGGAGAAGGACGUGGAACGAGAAAGAACGAAGGUUUUUUAUUUUUCCCCUCUUUUGUGUCGUAUAAACUUCCUUUCCUCUCCGCUUGGCCGCUUCGAGCUUCGCACACCAAACCGGCCGAUUAUUCAAAACCGGUGCCGGUUCGGCGGUUCGGCGGUCGAACCGCCGGUUCGAGGGGUUUACUCACGGCUUCUGAUGUGGUUGUAAGAAUACCAGGUCAAUGUAGAUACCCCGAUAGCCCUACUGUUUUUCUUGGAUUAGCAUCAGCUAUUGCUGUUGUGAUAGCUCAGGCAACUAUAAGUAUUAUUGCUGGUUGCAUAUGCUGCAAGAGAAAUGCAAAUACUUCCGACACAAACUGGACUGUUGCUUUGAUAUCAUUCGUUGCUUCCUGGAUUACUUUCAUAAUAGCAUUUCUUCUACUAUUGACUGGUGUUGCACUCAAUGAUCUGAAAUCUGUGGAUCAGAACAACUUUGAUGAUUAUUGCUACAUUGUGAAGCCUGGAGUAUUCUCAGGAGGGGCAAUAUUCUCCCUUGCAAGUGUCUCUUUAGGUAUUCUCUAUUAUUUGGCACUGCAACCAUCCAAGACUUCAGAGUCAAUGUGUCUACCACAGAACCAAGGCAUUACAUUUGGAAAACCUCAGAUACCUCUACAGAGUACCCAACCAGCCUUUGUCCAUGAGGAUACAUACACACGGCAGCAAAUUCCUUGA